AUGGCGUCCACUCCGGGCAACGUGGCCACCUCUCCGGUGGAUGAAGACCAGGGCCUGGCUUCCGAGAUUUCCGGGCUGGAAGAGAGCCUAGCCAGCAUCGCCACGGCCAACGAAAAGUAUCACGAGUCACUGGCCGCCGCGACCGACCGUCUCGACUCGGUCAUUGAAGAGCACGUCUCCAGCGUCUUGCCGCCACUGCGCGAACUGAUCGCCGCCGCCCGGUACUUUUGGGCCGGCAUGAUUGACGCCCAGGCCGACCAGGUCGUGGGCGAGGGUGAAGGCGACCAACCCGAUGAGGAGGAUGUCGAAAGGGCCCUCCGCGAGAUCGAAAAGUCGGUCGCCGUUGUGGACUCGGCCUGCGAGUCCGGGUUGCGGCUGCUGGCCGACGAAGACCUCGCGUCGAGCAUCAAGACGUCGCGGGUCAAGGCCACGGGGGCCUACAAUGCCGCCUUUGGCUUCUGGAAGGACUGCGACUCGCGCAGGAUCCCCGAGGCGAGGCAGCUGCUCGAGGCCAACAUGCAGGCCAUUGCGGCGCUUGAGAAAAAGGCCAACGCGGUGAAUUCGGCCAGGGAUAGCGACCUGUCCAGCAUGCCAGCCGAAGACGACACGCUCGGGUACAAAGCCCUCAGCACCGCAAAGACGGCUCGCAAAGGUGCCGCCAUCAUCGACGGGGCUGUGGUUCAGUCACAGGUUCGAAGCGACAUGAAGGAGGCGCUCACCGAGCACCAAACCCUGGCCCAGUCCGUGACGAGGCUCGUCUGCCAGGGAACCCACCUCAAGCUGCUUCGUAACGAGCUGCGAGGUCAAGACAUGCUCGGCACCAUUUGUGAGCAGAGGCUAAAGACCGUUGUCCGCAACCUCGAGAGGGGCAGGGCCGGUGCUGCAUCCAUCACUGAUUUCGUCAAGAAAAUCCUCAGCAAGCUCGAGUUCAUCGACGCCAAGGACGAGGGGGACUUUCCCGUCGAGGACCUGCUUUGCCUUUCCGCUCGUCUCGUCGUGCAUCUGAGGCGCUAUAGCACCGAGGAGCGUUGGGUUCUUUCGCAAGACCUCGUCAACUUGCUCAAAGGCCAGCGCCACGGUCAAGCCGAGGGGCUACCUCUGCCCUUAUCUGUCACAGAGAUCCUCAGCCAGAUAGAAGGGUCUCGGCCCAACAGCGACAACCGGGGAGCACCAAAAGCGCUGCCGAGUCGGCCGGCCGAGGCGGAGCAACAUGGCAGCGCGCCGCUGCCCUCGGCAGAGCGACCAUCACCCGCGGGGCUCGAUGCCCUGGCGCCAAUGCCGUACCAAGAAGAGCCAGCCACGCCUCCGCCGCCGCAGCUGCAGAUCCUGGGUGCCUCUUGGGCCGGCAAGGACGUGACGGCGACCCUGGCCGGCCGCGUCAAGGACAACAAGCUCGUCAUCAACAUGCACAACAUCCACACCAUCCUGGGCGACCCGAUGCCCUACAAGUACAAGAUCCUGACGGGCCUGUACCGCUACGGCGACCGCGGCGAGGAGCGGCUGUUCAUCAUCAGCGAGCAGCUGCCGCUCUUCUCGUCGAGCGUCUUUGUCAUCUCGCCGCCCAAGGAUAGCCACGCCAGCAACCGCCUGUCCAUCCCCGUCGCCAACAACGUCUGGCAGGACCCCGGCGGCGGGUUCGAGAUCGUCGCCGUGACGUACGGCCCCCGCCACGUGCGCAACGAGGCGGUCCUGGCCGACUUUGCCGACUACUUUGCCGGCCGCAAAGGGCGCAUGGUGCCCGACAAUGCUUUCUUUAGGGGCGACCCGUGGCCCGGCCAGGACAAGACCUGGACCGUGUUUGUGAGGUUUGCUGGCAGUCGGAGGAGGAUCACGACCGUUGCUGGGUUGGAGGGGAAAGGUCUGGAGAGCCCUUGGGGAUCUCAGUAG